AUGGACGACAAUGUCAAAACAGAUCGGGCUGUGGCAAUGGGGAAUGGGAUUUAUGUUUCUUGGAAUUCUUACCCCAACAUGACCUGUGGCUACAUAGUAAAAUGGUGUCAUUCAUCUGGGUCUGAACCCUGUCGUGUGGACUGGCAGAAAUUUCCUUCAAAAACAACAGAUGCAGUGAUAAAAUCUGCUCUGUUUAGACCUGGCGUAAGAUACAACUUUUCACUAUAUGGAUGCAAAUCCAGUGGAUAUCAGUUAUUGAAAAACAUAACUGGGUAUAUGAAAGAGCUCCCUCCAAAAUGUGCACCAAAUUUUACUGUAGAAGAAACUUCUUCAGAUUCUAUAUUGGUAAAAUGGGAAGACAUUCCUAUUGAAGAUUGUCAGGGUUUUGAGGGAUAUCGGCUUUCCUUUGCAAAAGGUGAAAAAGAUGCUUUAAAGCCUAGACUUUCAGAAUCAGGGAAUCCAGAAUUUAAAGUUAAGAAUAUCACCGACUUAACAAAAAAAUCUUUGAAAAUACUUGAUCUUCAAGGCAAAACAAGUUACCAACUGGACCUACAAGCCUGUACUGCUGGUGGGUUGAGCCCUCCAAACAGCCUCAAUAUGGUGACAAAGGAGGACUCUGUAGGAUUAAUCAUUGCAAUUCUCAUCCCUGUGGCAGUGGUUGUGCUGUUUGGAGUGGCGGCCAGCAUCUUCUGCUACCAAAAGAGGGAAUGGAUUAAAGAAACGUUUUAUCCAGAGAUCCUGCAUCCUGAGAACAGUAAGGCACUGCAGUUUCAGAAGAGCAUCUGUGAGGGGAAUAAGACACUUAAAACACUGGAAAUGACCCCCUGUAUUCCCAAUAGUGUUGAAGUGGUGGAAACACGGUCUGUAGCUCCCAAAAUUGAAGACACAGAAAUUAUGUCCCUGGCAGCAGACACCACUGUGCUGGAAGAUGGCUCUGACUCAGAAAUAGAGAACCACAUGGUUGUGUCCUACUGCCCCCCUAUCAUUGAAGAGGAGAUCUCAAAUCCCCCUAUGGAUGAACUUGUGGGGUCAUCUCAGGUGGUUUACACUGAUAUCCAGUCAAUGUAUCAACCUCAAAUUAAACCAGAGGAGGAGCCAGAAAUAGACUUAGUGACUACAGCAGGCUAUAAGCCACAAAUGCAGCUGCCUAUCAGUGCCCUGAAAAGAGAGAGUUGCUCACCUGCAGAGGAAGAAUUGGAUAAAACUGCAGGUUACAGGCCUCAAGCAAACACAAAUGCCUGGAACGUGGACACUCCAGACUCUCCUGGAUCAGUUGAAAGCAAAAAUGAAAAUGCAUCUUUUGGGAGCCCAUGCUCCAUUAAUUCCCGACAGUUUCUGCUUCCCCCAAAAAAUCAUGAAGACUCUCCCAAACCCAGUAACAUAGGAUGGGCCUUUACACACUUUUUUCAGAACAAACCGAAUGAUUAA